AGUUGUAUUCUAAGUUAUUCUCUCAUUUAAUUUUUAGCAACGUCUAAAGGUUAUUGUUUUUGUUUACAAAUGAAAACACUAAGCCUCGGAGAAGUUAAGGGAUUUGCCCAAAGUCACACAGCGGAGCUGGGUUCGAAUUCGAUUGUUGCUUGAUUCUAAAAUCUAUACUUUUGAUAUCUUGCUACACCAUCUUUUUAAAGGUCCUACUUGGUAAAAACGUGAGCAGUAUUCCCCUCAGGAAAAAAACUACCAACCACGGGCAGACCUAGAGCAGAACUCACUAAAAUGGCGGCUCCCCGACUGGGCGCUGGCUCUCUUACGUCAUCAUAGUGCGCGGCGGUCGCUCGCGCACCACGUCGGAAAGGAGCAGGAGGGCAGAUGGCGAGGUCUCAGGCGGGGGGGCCGUGCCCCGUUUAUCCCCGGCGCAAGAUGGCGCUGCCUUUUGUACGUUCGCUCUGCCUGUGCCGCUGGGGAGCCAAACGACUGGGGGUUGCCGCAGCCGAAGCCCGCAGAGCCAUCAGCUUCAAACUGGAAGAAAAAACCGCCCACAGCAGCCUGGCGCUCUUCAAAGGUGACACAGGUGUCAAAUAUGGCAUAGUGGGAUUGGAGCCCACCAAGUUGGCCCUGAAUGUGGAGCGCUUCCGGGAGUGGGCAGUGGUCCUGGCAGACACGGCUGUCACCAGUGGCAGGCACUACUGGGAGGUGACAGUGAAACGUUCCCACCAGUUCCGGAUAGGAGUGGCAGAUGUGGACAUGUCCCGGGAUAGUUGCAUCGGUGUGGACGAUCGUUCCUGGGUGUUCACCUAUGCCCAGCGCAGGUGGCACACCAUGUUGGCCAACGAAAAAGCCCCUAUUGAGGGCAUCGGGCAGCCAGAGAAGGUGGGGCUACUGCUGGAGUAUGAGGCCCAGAAGCUGAGCCUGGUGGAUGUGAGCAGGGUCGCUGUGGUCCACACGCUACAGACAGAUUUCCGAGGUCCAGUGGUACCUGCCUUUGCCCUUUGGGAUGGAGAGCUGCUGACCCACUCAGGGCUUGAGGUGCCUGAAGGCCUCUAGUGUGUCCCUCACUGGAGUCCCUAAUCAUGCUCUUGGCCAUUCUCCUCUGAAAGUGUCUGAAACCUUUUAAUUUUGCCACCAAGCAAUCUCUAAUUCUCGAAAUGCAGUGUUGGGCCCUCUGUGCAAUAUCUAAGUCUUCUCUCCCAUACCCUGUGAAAGCUGGGCAUACAGCCACCCUUCCCCUCCCGCAAACUACUGCCAAUUUCCUAAGCUAUCAUGAGUGUACUUUGCCUGACUGGCUUCCUUUAGUCGCUCUGCCUCCCUGUGCCCGGACCUUUCUCAGACUGCAUUCAGUCCUGGGGUAUUAGCUUUCAACUUUGUUUGAAUUAUUCAUCACGGUGAUACCUCUGCCUCCCUUUGCCCCCAUGUAAUUUUUUUCCCCCUUGGGACUCUAGGAUCUCUCCAGAGUAAAUCCUUUCUACCUCUGGCUGGAGGAGUGGUGCAA